ACCUCUUCGCCGCUCGCCCGUCUGUGGUGGAAGUGGCUGAGUACCUACCUGGUCACACCUGCCGAGUCACUUCUCUCCUCACCAGCGAGAAACUCCUGAAAUACACGAAGUCAACUCUCACAAACGAACUGCCCGAGUGUUUCAGCGAUGUGACCGGAUCAGAAAAACAGAGUCGCCAAACAAGUUUUCAACUCGAGCCCGAAACUCCACUUGUCUCUGCUGUGCGCCGGGCCUACGAGAUGGGAAACCAAGUGAGACUUCCGGUCGUCACAGGAAAUCCACAAAUAUGACUUAUGGCUACCGGAAGAAGAUUUGGUAAAAGUCAGACUAGUGACAGAGCAACAGGUAUCAACUGAAAAUCGGAUUUGACAAGUUUGACAAGAAUGUCUGUCCCCGUCGGAUUUAUCUCAGAGCCAACAGAAGACGUGGCAUUUUCACCUGAUGGCCCGACUGCAGAGCCGCGAAUAGCCGAAAGUAAAAAUCCACAAUGUGAGGACAGAAGCGAGAUUACAGAUGAGGAAGAUGAAGAAAAAUCAAUGUUGAAGGAGGAGGAAGAGGAAAUGACCAGCUCUGCUCACCUGGAGCCGAGCACGUUACCGUGGCCUGGAGACCUGGACAAGAGGCCUCAAGUGGACAACAAUGAUGGAGUCUGGUCAGAAAAAGGAGUUUCAGAGCCCGAAGAGAGAGACAAGGGGAUCGGCGGAGGAAGUCAGGACCUGUCGAAGAAACAGAGCCAGGUGGAGUGCGACGGAAGGAGCAAAGCCAAGUGGAGAGAGAGCAUGCCUGAGGGAGAGAGGUGGAGGGACUAUGAUGGAUCACAGGCAGAUGACGAAGAUGAGGAGGACGAGGAGGACGAGGAGGAGAAUUUGUAUGGAAGAGAGACGAAUUGGAUGCCAGAGAAAGCUGCUGCUCUCGGUUUCACUCCACAAGUCACAAUUGUGCAUCCGACCUGCAAGAAGCUUCCGGAGGAGAGUCGGCUCUUCAUAGAUAAGGACGUAGAGAAGGAGCCGCAGGUGGAUCCCGACUUGGCAGCGCAGUACUGCCCAGAGUGGACGGAGCCGGACGACAAGUACUACCUGUGUGAGAAUGUGUGCAGUGUAAAACUGCGGCUGGCUCUGGCGACGGUCGCUGCAGCCCUCCUCUUCCCUCUCCUGGUGUGGGGCGGAUACGAACUCCUUCCCUUUGACCCGCCCCUGCUGGAGAGCGCCCCCCUCAGGGUGGUGUACACGCUGCGCUGCUCCUUCUUCGCUUGCAUCCCCAUCCUGCUCGGCGUCGUGGUGCAGGGCGUCGCCCGGCUGCGUCACAGCGAGCUGAAGCCGCUCUAUCAGAGUAAGAUGAUGAGCAGAGAGGUCGCCGUGCACUGGCACUACAUCAACGAGUCGCUGGCCCUCUUCCUCUUCUACUUCCUGCAGCUCGCCGUCAUGGCAACCUACAUCAGCCAGGAGCUGGUCAAACUGGUGCCGCUGCUCACCGUCAUGUUCGUCUUUGGCAGGCUGAUCUACUGGCUCUGCCUCUCUCUGGGCAGCAGCAUCCGAGGCCUCGGGUUCGGCUUCUCCUUCUUCCCCAUACUGGUCAUGCUGGGCGCCAACUUCUACUACAUCUGCUCGUCGGUCGGACAAGACGCGGUUUUUGAUGUAGAGCCGCCAACCACAGCUCCACCUCCCAGGCAGCGCUGGUGGGGUUAAAGGGACGACAUCCGAAAGAUGAUGAGGAACUCAGAGACAAACAACAGUAAACAUCACGACAAAACAACACUCGCACAAAAACACGGCUUGGUCUUUUAAAGUUAUAAUCCCUAAGAUUGUGGCUACUUGUGACGAAAGGAUCAGAUUAUUUAGAGAUUUAAAACCGAUGAAAAACUGCAGGAAAUGACUGGUGAUUGUUUCUUGAAAGCACUUUUUCUAAGAAUGCUUCACAAUAAAAGCCUCAUUUUUGCAACAACAACAGGAAAGCUAUGAUUUAAAACUUAAUCUGGCACAAUGUAAAGACUGAGAAUAGUAAACUAUGUGAUCAGUGAGAUAAAAAUGUACUUAGAAAUACAACAAUAUUCACUCAAAAAGGAAGUUUACUCAAAAAAAACCCAACUUAUUUCAUGCAACCUGAAACUCUACAGAGAUUUAUUUCUUCAAAAUGUUUAUUUUUACAGUUUAUCUUAAACCUUGUAACUUCUCGUCUGGAGCUGCUUGAAUCAAGUUUUGAGGCUGAAUACUUUCAGUGUGAUUCAUCCAGUGUUUUGAUGAAAUGCACAAAAACACAGACAUGGAAAAACUAAAAUCAUGCUGCAGUUAGUUAUAAGCACUCAAUCAAAAGAUCUGGAUAUCAAAAGAAAUAUAUUUCAGGGUUAUAUUUUGAUAUUUUUUUAUGUAAGAUAUUGAAUUAUUCAUAUUAAGUUGUUUUAAGAAUGUUAUUUUGUUGUCACAGAACUACGUUAUACCUGAGACAGUUAAAUACUGUACAUCGUUGUUGAUUGAUCAAAGCCUUUUCAAUGUUUAUAGCAACUUGAGUUGCUGGUUCCUUCUCAUUGUAUGGAUGAAUGUGUAUUUAAAGUAAAUACCAUCAACAUUUGGGACCUUGAAUGAAUAAAAUUAAGCUUCAUUACCAAA